CCGGCGACUCGCUCGACCCCUUCACGGCCCCCCAACCCCAUCCCCAUCCACCCGCCCCUCCACUCCGUGUGCACGAUUCCAUUCAAGCCACGACACUUUGACGCAUCUCGCUUCACACAACCACCACAACCACCACCACCACCACGCGCCUUCUGCCACUCGUACGCGAUCCCGAUCAGUCGCCACGGUCAUCCCUCACCCUGCCAGCCAAAUUAAUCGCCCGAUCAGCGCGUUCACAUGUACGGAAAACCUCGACAGCAUCGACAUUGCCCCGGGUUGGUGGCCGUGGAGGAAUCGACGAGUCGAGUGGCCGGGCGCCAGCCGGCUCCACGUGGUUGAGAGGAGGAGAGAGGAGGCGGUGACCCCCCCCACUCCACACACAUCCCACAUGCAGAGAGUGAAGCCCGGGACGGAGUACGAACUCUGGAGUUCGGCAGCUGCUGCUGUUGUUGUUGCAGCUGCUGCUGCUGUUGUUGCUGCUGCUGCUGUUGACUUAAAGCGACCACAGCCGCCCGGGUGGAGGGGGGGAGGGGUCGUGCUUCGGCUCCGCUCUUCUUGCCGCCACUGCCUCGCGUCGAGAAGAGCCGCGGUUUUGUAAGGAUGGAGGAGGACAAGCAGAUGACGGACUUUUGUCUCAAGGUUCCCAAAGUGGAACUGCACGCCCACAUCAAUGGCUCCAUCAGCGAGGCGACGAUGGAGAAGCUCAUGCACAAAAAGCCGCAUCUGAACGUCCAGCACAGCAUGACGAUGAUCAAAAAGGGGCAGCAGAGGAGCUUGGAGGAAUGCUUUGAGAUGUUCAAGGUGAUACAUCAGCUGACGGACUGUGAGGAAAGCAUCGUCAUGGUCACGAAAGAUGUCAUCAGGGAAUUUCACCAAGACGGCGUGAAAUAUCUUGAGCUACGAAGCACUCCCAGGGAAGAGAAAAGCACCGGAUUGACGCGCAGGUCCUACGUUGAUGCCGUUCUCUCCGCCAUACGGCAAUCCAAGGAGGAGCUACCGGGCAUCGACGUGAGGUUCUUGCUGGCCAUCGAUCGGCGGAACGGACCCGCGGUCGCCAUGGAGACGGUGAAGCUGGCGGAGGAGCACCUGCUAAGCUCGGGUGCCCUCGUGCUGGGCCUUGACAUGAGCGGAGACCCCUCGGUUGGACAUGGAAGAGACUUUCUUCCCGUCCUGGAAUAUGCGAAGAAAGCCGGGCUUAAACUGGCAUUGCAUUUAUCAGAGAUCCCAAGCCAGACAGAGGAGACGAGGAUUCUCAUGGACCUGCCCCCCGAUCGGAUCGGACAUGGCACUUUUCUGCACCCAGACGUCGGCGGAUCGCAAGAGAUCGUCGACCUCAUUAUCCACCAUCAAACCCCCAUCGAAUUGUGUCUGACUUCCAACGUGAAGGGCAAGACCGUAGCGACGUACGAUCAGCACCAUUUCAGAUUUUGGUACGGAAGGGGACACCCUUGCAUUAUUUGCACCGAUGACAAGGGAGUUUUUGCCACCGACCUCUCCCAGGAAUAUCACAUUGCAGCAGACACAUUCAACCUCUCCAAAGAGGACCUGUGGAAUAUCUCUUACCGCAGCAUCGAUUGCAUAUUUUUGCCAGAAGGCGAGAAACGUCAACUUCGUGGUGAAUGGGACAAGCUAAAGGGAUCCCUGCUAAACUCCAACAAGUGAAGCAAAGUCUGAUGAGGAGUGGGCGGGUGCAAACUGCACAUUGAAUCACAUCAAAACGUUUAUAGUUUAGUAUAAUUGUGUUGAAAUUAUUUUGAACAUUUGAAAAAACAUCCAAUAUAUUUACUCGUGUUUAUCGUUGAAUCAUGUGAAUGACGUGAACUACUCAUUGGAUGUCGUGUUAAAUAAUAUUAUAUUUAUCUGUAAGUAUAUUUUUGUGGUUUUGUUAACCCCUGCAUGGAGGUCUGUUGGACCUUAUAUAUUCUGCGAGAUAAGUCUCACUGUGCUGCCUAUUUACAAACCUUAGAUGCGAGAUUCAAUUGCAGUGCAUAGAGCUACUGUACCACUGUAUUUUAAUGACAUUUCAUAUCAUGUGUGUCUGUUAACGCAUUUUAAAAUACGAGUAAACAUUUCACCUUUACUUUUCACCUUAUGAAUGUUUACAUAAAUGUUAUCGCAUUCAUUUCUACGUAAAAAAAACACGGGAAAAA